AUGGACGCGGAGGCAAACUCAGGAAGCACAGCGCAACAUGCAGAGUACACCCCCACCGAUAGAGAUGGAGCACGUCCCGACCAAAAGUCUGCGGGGAAAGUCAAGGGCAAGCUCAUCAGCACGAACUUUGCAGUCAUGGUUGCGGGACUGAACGACGCCGCCGUCGGAGUCCUCAUCCCCUACCUCCAACCCUCCUACGGCAUCACCCUCCUCCAAGUCUCCUUCAUCUACCUAGUGAACUUCACCGGCUGGCUUCUCGGCUCCUUCGCCAACAUCCACAUCUGCGCGCGGACAGGCACAGGAGGGACGAUGGUGCUCGGCGCAUCCGUGCAAUGCAUCGGAUACGCGCUCAUGUUCUGGAAACCCCCCUUCCCAAUCUUCCUAUCGGCCUUCUUCUUCACAGGUAUCGGGGUAUCCCUGCAAGACGCGCAGGCCAAUUCCUUCACCAUCACCGUGCAAAACUGCCACCGGUGGCUGGGCAUCCUGCAUGCUGUCUACGGGGUGGGCACUAUUUUGGCGCCGCUGGUGGCGAACACUAUUGCGGCGCGCACGCCAGCCUGGAAUAUGUAUUACCUGGUGACGCUUGUGCUGGGAAUUACCAAUGUUUUGCUUCUGGCGUGGACGUUCCGACGGGGUCUGUUCCAGCCGAAUGUGGCGAAUGCGAAGGAGUUGGCCGGGAGUCAGUUGAGGGAGACAGUGUCUAAUAAGGCUGUGUGGAUUAUGAAUGGGUUUUUCUUUCUUUAUGUUGGGGCGGAGGUUACUUCUGGUGGCUGGCUCACGCAGUUCCUCAUCUCCGUCCGCCACGGUGACCCCAAACAGGUGGGCUACAUCGCGUCGGUGUACUGGGCUGGGUUCACGGCUGGGAGGGUGGUGCUGGCUGAUAUCACGCAUCAGCUGGGAGAGCGGCGCAUGGUGGCGCUGUAUAUGGUGUUGGCGUUGGUGAUGCAGGUUUUGUUUUGGCUGGUGCCGGAUAUUCUGGCUAAUGCGAUCACGAUAUGUCUUUUUGGAUUCCUCAUCGGCCCAUUUUACCCCGUCGGGUUAUACGUUCUGACCGAGGUGAUUCCACCGGACCUUCAUAUCGGUGCACUCGGUAGGAUUCUGUGCAAGCCUGGGAUCAGCCGGGUCGGCAGCCUUCCCAUUCUUGACGGGGGCCAUUGCGUCGCAGGCGGGGGUGCAGGUGUUGCCGCCGAUUAUAAUAGCGCUGGUGAUUGGGAUGGGACGGAGGAGGCAUCCUCGCCCUGCAUCCCCCAGGAUCAGACAAAGAAGUUGACAAAGAUGAAGAUAUGAUCAUCUCCUACGGCAUCUCCAUGUUCCACCAACUCCACUGCCUGAUCGCCCUCCGCGGCGUCAUCUUUCCUGAGACGUCGCACAAGCAGCACAAUUCAACGUCCAAGGCGCAUUCGGGCGAUCACGGCCAGGAUCGGUGGCAUUGGGCGCAUUGUUUUGAUUAUAUAGCGCAGGCAAUAAUCUGCGCCGCAGACGAUACAAUCGAGACCCCCAAGGAGACCACCAACAAGUUCGGUAAACCCAUCUAUCACAUCGACGGGGUGGGCGCUACCCACCAAUGUCGGGACUCGAAGAGGCUGUGGGAGGUGUCGGUGGAGAGUCUGGAGACGAAGGUGGACAUGCGGGCUUGGAGGGAGGAGGCAGGGG